GCUGCAACCGCGCUGGGCUGGGGACGCCACGACCCCGUUGACCCUGCGCCAGCCUCCCAGAGCGCCGGUCCGCCAUGGCCGCAGCGUUUGUGCUUCGGAACCUGUACCGCGCGCGACCCGCGCUUCGCUGUCCGCCCGCGGAGCUGCCAUGGGCCCCGCGGCGGGGGCAUCGGCUCACGCCGGCGGAUGACGAGCUGUAUCAACGGACGCGCAUCUCACUGCUGCAGCGCGAGUCCCCGCUCGCCAUGUACAUCGACAGCUACAGCAGCCGCGGCUUCGUGGUCAACGGGAAUCGCGUGUUUGGACCUUGCGCGCUCCUCCCGCAGUCGGUGGUGCAGUGGAACGUAGGUUCCUAUCAGGACAUCACCGAGGAAAGCUUCUCUCUCUUUUGGAUGCUGGAGCCCCGGAUAGAGAUUGUUGUGGUAGGCACUGGAGACCGGACUGAGCGGCUGCAGCCCCACGUGCUGCGAGCCAUGAGGCAGAGGGGCAUCGCUGUGGAGGUGCAGGACACACCCAAUGCCUGUGCCACUUUCAACUUCCUCUGUCAUGAAGGCCGAGUGACAGGAGCUGCUCUCAUUCCCCCACCUGGAGGGACUGCACUCACAUCUCAGGCCCAAGCUGCAGAAUGAACCACCAGAACUGACUUGUCCAGGAGGGCCUUGUCACCUUCUGCAGAAUACAGGGGUGCCCAAAGCUUUCACUAGCCCCUACCCUUUGGCACUGUAAGACUUGUUUUGCUUGCCAGCAAAUUAAUAAUUUAAGCCACUUGUCUGA